AUGAAUAAUAAUAGCAUACAUUUAGUCUUCCACAAUCACUUGUUGUGCAAGCAAAUCUUUAGACAUGUGAGCGAUAUACACAGACGAUGGUGCAGUAUUACAUUACUAAGCAAAAGAAAUGGUGAGUUACUAGAGCUUGAUGAUGUUGACAAUGAAGGCUCCACUACCAUCACCACAUCCCUUCAAAUUACUGGUACCACCAGCAUCCAGUCAACGAUUAAGGGUGUCGACCUCUAUGCCAAUGGCAACCUUUAUGAUAUGCUCCUUUACAAUGCCACUCAGAUGUUCAUUGAGGCGUUCGAUAGAGUUGCCAGCAAUUCAGUGUCUAGUGGCUACUCCGAGUUGCAUACCAGCGACAGUAAUAGCAACGACUACAUCUACAACAAUAAGUUGUUACAAGCUGCUGUGAAGCAUAACAACGUCAUCGCAUUCAGGCAUCUGAUCAAUCGCCCAAACAUGUUCAACAAAGACCUGUUUGAAGCCAAUGUCAUCUUUGUCCACUGCAACAUCAAUACCCUCCAGUGGUACAUCAAUUGCCACGGCGGGUCGUUACCAAUCCCCCUUGUUGCCUACCUCCCGAUGGCAAUGGACACUGGCAGCGAGCAGUUUGUGCGCUCAAACAUCUCACGAGUCCAACAAGUCCUAUCGAGGCAGCCGAUGGCCAUUACAUCGCAUUGA